UGACGACGUGUGGACGCUCGACGCUAGCACAGACACUCUCUUCAACGUCGUCAAGCCCUCCUCCUCCGCCCCGCCUCUCCUAGCACCCCUCUCCCCCUCCUCUCUCCCACUCCCGACCCUAUAAAGCGCGCCCCGACCGCCAUUCAAAACCCCCGCUGCCAUGUCCUCCUUUAAGAAGGACGACGAGGCAGGCGUCAUGUCAUUCCACCAUGACAAGAGCACCGUCCUGCAAGAGGCGCGCGUCUUCAACGAGUCGCCCAUCUCGCCGCGCAAAUGCCGUGCUCUCCUCACCCGCAUCGUCUACCUCCUCUAUGUCGGCGAGACAUUUUCCACCCACGAGGCCACUACCCUCUUCUUCGGCGUGACCAAGCUCUUCCAGCACAAGGAUACCGCGUUGCGACAGAUGGUCUACCUUGUUAUCAAGGAGCUGUCCAGCAUCGCCGAGGACGUGAUCAUGGUCACGUCGUCAAUCAUGAAGGACAUGCAGCCAAACCUCGAGGUUGUGUACCGGCCGAACGCGAUCCGCGCACUGGCGCGCAUCAUCGACGCGCAGACAGUGCAGUCGUUUGAGCGCUUCUUCAAGUCGGCGCUGGUCGACCGGUCGCCGCCCGUGUCUUCUGCAUCCAUCACCUCGGCAUACCACCUCUUCCCCAUCGCCGGCGGCGUCAUCAAGCGCUGGAGCAACGAGGCGCAGGAGGCUGUCAAUGCCAAGGCCGUCUCAUCGUCGUCAUACACGCCCUCGAUGGCCGCGGCGUACAUCUCGGGCGGCGGCUCCAACGGGUAUCAGAGCGUGUCCAGCUCGAGCUACAUCAUGCAGUACCACGCGCUCGGCCUGCUCUACCUCAUGCGCGAGAAGGACCGCAUGGCCGUCACCAAGAUGGUGCAGCAGUUUGGCGCGGGCAAGUCGGCCACGGUCGUGCGUAACCCCAUGGCUAUCUGCAUGCUCGUCCGCUUCGCACGCAAGAUCAUGGACGAGGACCCCAACGUCCAGAAGCAGAUGCACGAGUAUCUCGAGGGCCUUCUGCGCCACAAGUCGGACAUGGUCAACAUCGAGGCCGCGCGCGCCAUUUGCGAGAUGCGCAGCGUCACCAGCGCCGAGCUGUACCGCCCCGUCGCCGUGCUCCAGCUCUUCCUCUCGUCGCCCAAGCCCGUGCUCAAGUUUGCUGCUGUCAAAACGCUCAGCAAGCUGGCACAGACUCACCCCGACGCCGUGACCAGCUGCAACCUCGAUCUCGAGAACCUCAUCUCGGACUCGAACCGCAGCAUCGCGACGUACGCCAUCACGACGCUGCUCAAGACGGGCAACGAGGCGAGCGUCGACCGCUUGAUGAAGCAGAUCUCGUCGUUCAUGACCGACAUCACGGACGAGUUCAAGAUCAUUGUCGUCGACGCCAUCCGCUCGCUCUGCCUCAAGUUCCCCACCAAGCAGGCUGUCAUGCUCACCUUCCUCUCCGGCGUCCUGCGCGACGAAGGCGGCUACGACUUCAAGCUCGCCGUCGUCGACGCCAUCUUCGACAUGAUCAAGUACAUCCAGGACUCGCGCGAGGCCGCCCUCUCCCACUUGUGCGAGUUCAUCGAGGACUGCGAGUUCACCAAGCUGUCGGUGCGCAUCCUCCACCUCCUCGGCAUCGAGGGCCCCAAGACGCGCAACCCCACAAAGUACAUCCGCUACAUCUACAACCGUGUGGUGCUUGAGAACGCCGUUGUGCGCGCGGCUGCCGUGUCGUCGCUCGCCAAGUUUGGGGUGUCGGCCAACGACACGACGGUGGUCAAGAGCAUCGGUGUCCUUCUCCGCCGCUGCCUUGACGACGUGGACGACGAGGUCCGCGACCGCGCCGCCAUGUACCUCAAGGUGAUCGAGGACAAGCAGCUUGCCGACGCCUAUGUGCGCGAGGAAGCUGUGUGGUCGCUAAGCGCCCUGGAGAGCUCGCUUCUGUCGUACAUCAAGGACGACAGCAAGCACGCGCAGGCUUUCGAUGUCGCGUCAGUGCCCAAGAUCAGCCGCGACCAGGCGGCCGCCGAGGUCUCGCAGAGGCCAUCAGCGCUCCAGACGAUUGCUUCGAGCUCGGCCGCGCCAGCCCAGUCCUCGACCCCGCAGCCCACCGCAGCCGAGACUGCGUCCAGCUACGCCGAGCAGCUGGCCGCAGUGCCCGAGUUUGCGAGCUACGGUCCUGUGCUCAAGUCGUCGGUCAAGCCUGUCGAGCUCACCGAAAGUGAGACCGAGUACGCCGUGUCGGCCGUCAAGCACAUUUUCAAGGAACACAUCGUGUUCCAGUUCAACGCGGCCAACACGAUCCCCGACACGGUGCUCGAGCAGGUGUCGGUUAUCAUGGUGCCGGCCGAGGAGGAGACGGGCCUCACCGAGGACUUUAUCAUCCCCGUGCCGUCGCUGACAACGUCGACGGGCGCCGGGCAGGUGUAUGUCUCGUUCACGCGCGACGAUCCGGCCGAGUACCAGACCGCGACGUACAGCUGCACGCUCAAGUUUGUGUCGAAGGAGGUGGACCCGACGAGCGGGGAGCCCGAAGAGGAGGGCUACGACGACGAGUACCAAGUCGAAGACUUGGACCUGGGCGCGGGCGACUACAUCGUGCCGACGUACGUGACGUUCGCGAGCGAGUGGGACAAGCUCGCGACGGCGCCGAGCGUGACCGAGUCGUUUGCGCUGUCCGGCUCCGAGUCGCUGCGCGACGCCGUCAAAAGCCUCAUCGAAGUGCUCAACAUGGAGGCGCUGGGCGGCACCGAGGCGCCGACGUCGACGUCGGUCCACACGCUCAAUAUGAGCGGCAUGGUAGCCGGCGGCGGCGGCAAGGUGCUCGCGCGCUGCCGCAUGACUUAUGCGUCGGGGCAGGGCGUCACCCUCGAAUUGGCGGUGCGCGCGGAGAAGGAGGAGGCGACACGGCUCGUCAUGGCUGCUAUUUAGCUGUUUGUAGGAAUGCACGUUAGAUUUCGGGUG